AUGGUCGCCUUCAGAUGGGUCAUCGGUACAGCUCUCGCAGCUUCCACCGCGCUGGCGAAUGACUUCGCCCUCGCCGGAGUGUUCAUCCACCCCAUCCUCGCAAAGCGCCAGAACGAGUCCGUCGGCUCCCCAUCCUAUAACUGCCAUGACAACUGCGGCCAGGCGAUAAUAGAAGUCCGCAACUGCAACGCCACCAUCUGCGACGACGAGGUCUUCCAGACAAACUACAAGAACUGCCUGCAGUGCGCCGGGCCCGACAACGAGGACAUCUGGAAGUACUACGGGGAAAGCAUAGAGACCGCGGCCGCCUCAUGUGGCCUCGACACUGAGCCGCUCGGCGGCCAGCAGGAGUCCGUCGGCACGGCCGUCGUGGCCAGCAACAGCACGUCGGCGUGCGAGGCUGCCGCGGCCGCCGGCUCCGAGUCGUCGUCGCCGUCCGCGUCCGCGUCGUCCACCGGUGCUUCUGCUUCUGCCUCCGCUUCGGCUUCUUCUUCGGCCUCUGAGUCUGCUGCGUCUGCGUCUGGCACUGCUUCCUCGGCUGCUAACGCCGCGCCUACGGCUGUUGCUGGCGUUGCUGCCUAUGGUGCUGUUGCCGUCGGCGCUCUGUACGCGAUGGGGCUCUGA